GCGCGAGAUAUUUACCUAGCCUGCUGGAUAAAAAAAAAAUAAAGUUCUCCUACGUUGCACAAGGCUGUCGAUUGCGAUACAUUCAUACGUUUUUUAAAUAUUUUUUUUAGAAACAGUGACAUUUUAAUUUAGCAAAAAACUUCCUUGACUGAGGGAUGCGAAUGAGCUUCUGUAAUUAUCGCUCAAACUAUUCUCAGUGACAUUGUGACCAGUAGAACGCUAGCCAGUGACGUCAUUUGUCAAGAUCGUAAUGCAGGAUCCCUGAGUAUCACGCACAAAAUUAAUUAGCUAUUCAUAAUUUGACCAAGUUGUAAAUACUUUACCGACGUAGGCAUCAAGGUCGUAUCCGGUUGAAUUUCCCUGACCAGGAUGUAGCCAUAUCUACACAAACUUAAACGCUACAUGUCUCAAGUUUUGCGGUAGCGAGCAAUUGGCAUGCUAACUGCAUGAAUGUCUACCAUAGAAUUUAAUGUUAAUUUGUCUUCCAUAAACUGCCUCGUUUUAGAGAAUUUGGCAGUUCGUCCAACCGGACUUCCAACACGAGUAACCACGCCAGCCCAGGAGUUCCACAAAUCGGGCUGCUUAACCCGUGGGAUCGUCUGAGACCAGCCACCUGGACAGCUGAUGAAACUGGGUUUGCACAACCGAAGAAUUUCUGCUCAACUCUCAGGGAAGCUUAUCUGCAUGCUCGUCGGGCUAACCAGGGUCUUGACCUGACUGCAGUUCGGCUUUGUAAACUAUUUCAGUGGACAAAUGCUCACCUUCGAUGGCCACUGGCAAGCUGGACAUGUGCGCUCUUUAAGAAUGAAUCCCGGUUUCAACUUUACCAGGCAGAUGAAAGCCACUCACGCCUGUAUGGUGUCGUGUGGGUAAGCGGUUUGCUGGUGUCAACAUUGUGAACAGGGCCCCAUGGUGGGGUUAUGGUAUGGGUAUAGGCAUAAGCUACAGACAAUUUACGCAAUUUGAAUGCACAGAGCUACCAUGAUGAGAGCCUAAGGCCCAUUGUCAUGCCAUUCAUCCACCACCAUCACCUCUUGUUUCAGCAUGCAACAUGGGGCCAUGCAUUGUCAAGGCCCUGUACACAAUUCUUGGAUGCUGAAAAUGUCCCAGUUUGUACAUGGCCUGCAUACACACCAAACAUGUCACUCGUUGAGCACGUUUGGGAUGCACUGGAUCGACGUCUACGAUAGUGCAUUCCAGUUUCCACCAAUAUCCAGGAAGGUCACACAGUUAUUAAAGAGUGGGACAACAUUACACAAGCCGGAUCAUCUCUGUACAAAGGAAAUGUGUCAUGCUGCACGUGGUCACCAGAUACUGACUGGUUUUCUGAUCCACACCCCAACCUAAUUUUUUUUUUAAGAUAGGUGAUGAAAGCCACUCAUAAAACAAGAGAAGCCCAGCCAUCUAGUUGCCAUGAGCAGUGAGCUGAACGUGCCCAUGGGCUCCCCAGCCCCGGGGGGCUUUGAGCGGAUGCCGGAGGGUGGAGGGAUGGACUACAGGGACUGGGUGCGCCGCAGCUACCUGGAGCUGGUCACCUCCAACCACCACUCUGUGCAGGCGCUGUCUUGGAGGAAGCUCUACUUGAGCCGGGCCAAACUGAAAGCCUCCAGCCGCACCUCUGCCUUGCUCUCUGGCUUCGCUAUGGUGGCAAUGGUGGAGGUCCAGUUGGAGAUCCAGUACAACUACCCACGAAUGCUCCUCAUUGCCUUUAGCGUUUGUACUACGGUGCUGGUGGCUGUGCACCUGCUCGCCCUACUGAUCAGCACCUGCAUCCUACCCAACGUGGAGGCAGUCAGCAAUAUCCACAACCUCAACUCAGUCAGCGAGUCACCCCAUGAGCGCAUGCACCACUACAUCGAGCUGGCCUGGGGCUUCUCCACUGCCCUGGGCAUCCUGCUUUUCCUGGCAGAGGUAGUGCUGCUCUGCUGGAUCAAGUUCCUGCCCGUGGACUCUAGUUCCGCCAACCAGGUGGCGGUGGCUGCUGCAGAGCUGGCACUAUCCAAGCUGAACUGUAGCGGCCCCGCCCUGCCACCCAAGCCCACCCCUCCGCCAGGGCACAGUGGCUGGCAGGCAGCCCUGGCCUCCACCAUCAUUAUGGUGCCGGUGGGGGUUAUCUUUGUGGUAUUCACCAUCCACUUCUACCGCUCACUGGUGAGCCACAAGACAGAGCGCCACCACCAGGAGAUCGAGGAACUGCACAAAAUUAAGGUGCUGCUGGAUGGGUGCGAAAGAGGCCUACAGGCAGUGUGAUCUCUUUAGCUCUUCUCUCUAUUCUCUUCCUGUCCACUGUCAAUGCCUUCUCACAUUGUUGAGAAGCACCAAAAUUCCACUGAUUAAGUGGGAGGAUUAAGGAUUUCCUUAUCCCCUAUUUAUCAAGCACCCUUUCCUAUUCAGCCUCUAGCCUGUUCAUUGUUAAUGUCUUCCUUAAAGUUUUUCUGGCAGAGAGCCCCAAAACUCCACUUAAUAUGUGGGAAGUUUAAGGAAUUCUCAGCUCUACUAAAUUAUGGAGGUCAAAGUUCAUAGUAUGUUAGUUUGAUUUGGAAAAUAGUAUCUUGUCUCUGUGAGAGCUGUAUUGAUUAUAUUUAUAAAGAUUAUUUUAAAGGGCU